UUUUGUAAAAAGGGUGCAAUAAAAAUUAACACUUUAGUGAAUAUACCUGAUGGUUGGGAGACGAAAACGACAAAUAUUUGGUGGUAACAUGAGUGGAAACUCGAUAUAUUUAGGAUUUGACUUUAGCACACAGCAGAUUAAAUGUGUAGCAAUCGAUGAAGAAUUGAAUUUUAUUUGUGAGAAAGCAGUUAGAUUUGACACAGACUUGCCAGAAUUCAAAACACAAGGAGGAGUCAAUGUACAUGAUGACAGAGUUACGGUAACUGUGCCUACAGCAUUAUGGGUCAAGGCACUGGAUAUUCUGUUAUUCCGUUUACAGAAUGGAUUGUUUGAUUUCUCCAAUGUCAUGGGAAUAUCUGGUUGUGGACAGCAACAUGGAAGUGUGUACUGGAAAAAGGGAUCAAAGUUAAAACUGAAUAAACUUAAACCAUUGGCUAGUCUACAUGAUCAGCUCAAAGAGGGUUUUAGUGUACCAGAGUCUCCAAUAUGGAUGGAUGCCAGUACUAUGACACAAUGUCAAAAGUUAGAAGAAAGCGUAGGAGGUCCUCUGAAAUUGGCAGAAAUAACUGGUUCUAGAGCAUUUGUAAGAAUGACUGGUGAACAGAUAAUGAAGAUUUCACAGAAUGACCCUGAAACAUAUGCCAAUACAGAGAGGAUAUCAUUGGUCAGUAGUUUUGUGCCAAGUAUUUUGAUUGGUGAUUAUGCUCCAAUAGAUUUUAGUGAUGGAAGUGGGAUGAAUUUGUUGGAUAUCAAUACUAAAACAUGGUCUAAGCAAUGUUUAGAUGCCUGUGGUGAGAAUCUAGGAGAAAAGUUAGGAGAACCUGUUCCAUCACCCACUGUAGUUGGAAAUAUUCAUAGCUAUUUCUGUGAUAAAUAUGGUUUUCCUGAUGAAUGUAAGAUUGUAGCAUUUACUGGUGAUAAUCCCUCAUCUCUAGCAGGACUGUCACCUAGGGUUGGGGAUGUUAUUGUCAGUCUUGGUACCAGUGAUACAGUUUUUCUGUGGAUGUCACAGCAAAGGGCAGAAACCGAGGGACAUGUAUUUGUCAACCCAAUUGACCCUAAUGAUUAUAUGAUUAUGGUUUGUUUUAAGAAUGGUUCCUUAGAAAGAGAAGCUAUAAAAGACAAAUGUGCUGGAUCAUGGGAGAAAUUUGAGGAUAUGGUGAAAUCAACGCCUAUGGGAAAUAAUGGCAACUUUGGGUUGUUUUUUGGUCAGGUUGAAGUCCAGCCAUUUGUAAAAGGAACAUUUAGAUUCAAUGAGAAAAACGAGAAGGUAGAUGCUUUCCCACCAGAUGUAGAAGUAAGAGCUGUUUUAGAAGGACAAAUGAUAGCAAGAAGGGUUUAUUCAGAACUCAGAGGCAUGAAAAUAACUCCGCAGACAAGACUUCUGGCUACAGGUGGAGCAUCAAAUAACAAAGCCAUACAGCAGGUAAUGGCAGAUGUAUUUAAUGCACCAGUUUAUACAACACAGAUAGCUGAUUCAGCAGCUUUGGGAGGAUGUUAUAGAGCUAUACAAGCCUGUACUGGCAAGCCAUUUGAAGAUGUAGUGAAGAAUCAUCCUGAGCCAGUAUGUGUUGCUAAACCCACUCCAGGUUGUGUUGAGAUCUAUGACAAGAUGUGUGAGAGAUACAGAAUCAUAGAGAAGAUAAUCACAGAAAAAUAAAUAAUUACUAUAUAUAUACUGUUAAUUCAGAUAUUAUUGUGAUGUUAAAUUAUUGCAAAAAAUGUUAAGGGUUAUCAUGGUUAUAAUCGCAAUAAUUUAAACUGGCAUUUUGAAAUUUUUUAUAUGAAUAAAACAGGAUUAUUAUCAAUAUUGCCAAAAUUAUAUUGCAUUUUGUCUAAAAUGACAAAAUCACAAUAAUAAAUGCAUGCAAUAAUUUCUGAAUUGAUAGUACGUUUUUCUGGCUGUCAAAAACAGGAAAUUGAUUAAAAUGAAUAAAACCUAUGCAAUAAUGUUUAUUGAUUCAAGCUAUAUUUUUAAUGAGUCUUUAUGGUGCUAUAAUGUAAAUAUUUUUAUGAUUAUUCUUUUGUUAAUGUAUUUUGAUUGCAAUAAAUUUGGCAAAAUGAAGUAAGCUAUAGAUGACA